CCACCAAACCCCGAAACUCGAAAAGAAAAAUAAAAAAAAUUGAGACUUUGAGAGAAAGAGUGAAUAGGAGAGACGUAAAAGGAGAGUCCUUUCGUAUUUUGCUUUGAUUGGUUUCUUCGUUAUCCCGUCUUCCUCGAUUCCUUUCCCCUUCCCCUACCACGUUCUCACUGUUUCUCUUUUCCCAGAUCUCUUCUGGGUUUCCUGCGAUUCCUCGGCUGUUUUCAGUUUCUGAGCCCUAAACGUUGAUUCUCCAAUUAUUUGUUAUAAUUCAUUUCUUAUUUUUUUUGUACGGACAUAUCAAUUCAAAUUCCAAAUUCAAAACUAAACUGUUUCAUUUUCUGCCCCUGUAAAUUGUUGGAUUGAUUUUUUGUAAUUAGUAGGAAGUCAUUUAUUAAAGUGGAUUCAACCUGUAAAUCGAUUGUAGUUUGAAUUUGGUCUUUCCGGUGUUAAAACAAGGAAACAAAUUCAGAUCAUUUUCCUUCAAUUUGUUUCCGCAUAACCAGUUUUCAGCUUCGUCUUGGCUUCUUGUUUUUAUCAAAAGAGCGAAAAAUUGGAGCUGCAACACGGCGAGGAUUUGAAACGAAUUUGUUUUGCUUGGAGUUGUGAGCUUCGGCGGUUAAUUGAUAUUUGUAUGUUUUCGCCGAGGUGAAGGAGAUGGAGACAGUUGUGACGUGAGAGAUUGUGAAUUGGUGCCGUUAUUUUCUUCACGGUGGCUCAAAAGAGAAAUAGCCUGGUUUAUGAUUGAAGGUGUAUUUGCAGAAUCGGUGAUUAUUCUGCUGUGCUUAGCUCCUAUUUUUCAUUUCGUUGGUUCUGGGAAUGAAGAAGGAUGACCAGAAACUACAUCAGGGAGGUCCAAUGCCUCGCCCAGGGCGAACUAAUGGAUUAAUUCCGAGCUCAUUCCGUGCUCUCUCAAGCUACCUGAGGGUUGUUUCCUCUGGUGCUUCCACCGUUGCACGGUCAGCAGCAUCCGUUGCGUCCUCGAUUCUCGACAGGGAUAGUGACGCUGACCAUGAUCAGGUUAUCUGGGCUGGGUUUGACAAGUUAGAGGUGGAGGGAGAUGUCAUUCGGAAAGUUCUUCUUCUAGGCUAUCGAACUGGGUUCCAGGUUUGGGACAUUGAAGAUUCCAAGAAUGUGCAAGACCUAGUUUCCAGACAUGAUGGUCCUGUUUCUUUUAUGCAAAUGCUAUCGAAACCAAUUGCAUCAAAGAGAUCAGAAGAUAAGUUUGCAGACAGAUGGCCGCUGUUGGUUGUUUGUACUGAUGGAAUUUUUGCUGGAGGCAGUAACAUUCAAGAUGGUUUUGUCUCCUCUUGCAAUGGAAGCACUUUAAACUGCCAUGACCAAGUGAAUGGCAUUUAUCUGCCAACUACUGUUCAGUUUUAUUCUUUGAGAUCCCAAUCAUAUGUACAUGUACUAAAGUUUAGGUCAGCUAUUUAUUCUGUUAGGUGUAGUUCUCGAGUUGUUGCUGUUGCUCAAUCCACUCAGGUACAUUGUUUCAAUGCCACUACAUUAGAAAGGGAAUAUACUCUACUUACAAAUCCUAUUGUCAUGAGCUUUCCUGUUACUGGAGGUAUAGGUUAUGGACCACUGUCAGUGGGUCCAAGAUGGCUGGCUUAUAGUGGAAGCCCUGUUGUAGUCUCAAAUUCUGGGCGUGUCAAUCCCCAACAUCUGACACCUUCUGCAAGUUUUCCUGGUUUUUCUUCGAAUGGGAGCUUGGUUGCACACUAUGCCAAAGAGUCAAGCAAGCAACUUGCUGCAGGCAUAGUCACACUUGGAGAUAUAGGGUACAAGAAGCUUUCUAGAUACUGCUCUGAGCUGCGACCUGAUAGUAAUGGUUCUUCACCAUCUGCAAACUCUAGCUGGAAGGGCAAUGGAACCAGUAAUGGCCAUUUGGGGGAUUUGGAUAAUAUUGGAAUGGUCAUUGUCAGAGACAUUGUCAGUAAAAGUGUUGUUGCUCAAUUCCGAGCCCACAAAAGUCCUAUUUCAGCCUUAUGCUUUGAUCCUAGCGGCACUAUUUUAGUGACUGCUUCAGUUCAGGGGCAUAAUAUUAAUGUUUUUAAGAUAAUGCCUGGACACUCUGACAGUUUGGCAUCUGAUGUUGGCGGUCCUUCUUAUGUUCAUCUUUAUAGGCUACAGCGUGGCUUUACAAAUGCAGUAAUUCAAGAUAUCAGUUUCAGUGAUGAUAGUAACUGGAUUAUGAUUAGUUCCUCAAGAGGCACUAGCCAUUUGUUUGCCAUAAAUCCUCUAGGAGGAUCUGUAAAUAUUCAGUCCUAUGAUGCAAGUUUUACAUCAAAAAAUGGUGGAUUGGGCGUUAUGACUGACCCAGCGGUUCAGUGGCCUCCUAAUUUGAGUUCACAAAUUCCUAAAGAACAGAGUAUGUGCGCAACUGGGCCGCCAAUCACACUUUCUGUUGUAUGCAGGAUUAGAAAUGGAAAUAAUGGCUGGAGAAGCACUGUAAGUGGUGCAGCUGCUGCUGCAACAGGCAGAACAAGCUUGCAGUCUGGAGUUAUUGCUUCGUCUUUUUGUAACUGCAAAGGGAGUGCCUUGUAUGUUGGCGCGAACCGUUUUAAGACAAAAUAUCACCUGUUGGUUUUUUCAUCAACUGGUUCUAUGAUACAAUAUGCUCUCGGGACAUCAAUGGGUCAAAAUUCAGUAGUUUCUGGAUUAACCCAUGCAUAUGAAUCUGCAUUAGAGGUUGACACAAGAUUGGUUGUUGAGGCUAUUCAGAAGUGGAAUAUAUGCCAGAGACACAAUCGAAGAGAACGAGAGGAUAAUAUGGACAUAUAUGGUGAAAAUGGAACUUCAGAUAGCAACAAAAUAUAUCCUGUAGAGAUGAAGGAUGAGAAUACCAGUAGGUUAAAACUCGAGAAUGUAAUCAUGAAAGUAAAUUCCCAGCCUGACGAAGAGCAUCAUUUGUACUUUUCAGAAGCAGAACUUCAGACUCACCAAGCUCAAACUCCAGUGUGGGCAAAGCAAGAGAUAUAUUUUCAUCCAAUGGUGAAAGAGGAGGGCAUAUUGAAUGAGGAAUCUACUUCAGAAGGGGAAAUUGAUGUUGAAAGAAUUCCUACGCAUGUAAUUGAAGCUAGGGCCAAGGACUUAGUUCCAAUUUUCGACUAUCUUCAGCCACGAAGUUCCCAACAAACAAGGACUCCUUCUGUAAAUGGUGAAGUAAAUGAAGCACAGCUACAUCAGACUUCUGUGAUUCAUGGUAAAGACACAAUUUCAGAGGGAAGCAACAAAGACUCUACUGACUGGAUGACAAAUUAUGGCGGCCUUGCACGCGAGAUAGACAGCAACAUUGUAGGGGAUUGGAAUGAUCAUCUGGGAUCACUAGAAACUAACGGCUUUGUAAAUAAGAAUGACAGCGACACCCUUGAAGCCAAUAAUUGCGAUGAGGUUGUAAAUAAUAGAGAGCACUUAAACAUGGAGGCUCAACUCAUGCUUGUAAAUAAUGACAAAGAAGGCUUCAAGAAAAUGGAGAAUCACUUUGAGGACAACUUGAAGUAAAGGGAAUGCUUCCUGUUCUGAUUUAGAUGUUUCUUACAUGGUAAGUUUCUUGAGAUGAUUGAACUGUUUUCUGGAGUCAAUCAAUCAAGUGGAAGUGCCGAGUUGAUAGGAUACUAAAAGAAUGUUGGAUUGGUUGUACUUCCUUCUUUGUACUGAACUAUACAUGUUUACUACGUUAAUAAUGAGCUCGUUCAUUUCCUAAACUCUUUUCCAUUCAGGCAUGGGAAUAUUAUUUGGACUUCAAUCGGGAAGCUUAAUUACAGUGUUAUUAUAGUUGUUGGAAGGGCGGAGAAACUUGAGGAGUGAAGGCCUGAGUAUAAAGCCAAGUUAUGGAUGCUAUAUGUUAGAUUUCUUCUGUCAAACUUGUACACAACACAGAUUGUAUAAUAGGAAAACCAGUUGUGAUGUGUACAUAAUAGAAUUACUUUUAAUGUGUUCUGGCC